AUGAAGUCGUUUUCACACUCACUCACAUGGACUAAGAAUGAAGAUGAGCUCAGUGUAGAGAUAGCUAGCUAUUAUAGAGAACUCUUCAAGACUUCAGAUGCAAAUGAAAUGGAGGAAGUGUUAAAUGGUAUUCCACACACAAUCUCAGGUAGUAUGAAUGCUAACCUAACAAAACCUGUGGACGAAGGGGAGAUUAGAUCAGCCCUCUUUUCUAUGAAUCCUGAUAAAGCUCCGGGUGUAGAUGGAAUGCCUCCCAUUUUUUUCCAAAAGUUUUGGAACAUAGUUAAAAAGGAUUUGGUAGGAGCUGUCCAAACUUUCUUCCACACUAGUCAUUUGCUUAAGUCUGUAAAUCAUACAGCCAUUUCUCUCAUUCCUAAAAUUUUGAUUCCCACAUCCCUUAAGCACUAUAGACCUAUUAGCUUGUGCACGACAGUUUAUAAAAUCAUAGCAAAGAUUCUAGCUAAUAGGUUGAAGCAGGUUCUCCAUGCCUGUAUCAGUAAAACUCAGUCAGCUUUUGUUCCUGGUAGGCAAAUCCUAGACAAUAUUAUGAUUUCACAUGAGUUUUUACACUUCCUCAAAAACAAACGGCAAGGGAAAGAAGGAUUUAUGGCUGUGAAAUUAGAUAUGUCUAAAGCUUAUGACAGGGUGGAAUGGGGGUUCCUGGAUGCUGUAAUGCGGAAAAUGGGGUUCAAUGACAAAUGGAGAAGCUGGAUCAUGGAGUGUAUUUCUACUGCUUCUUACUCGUUCCUGGUUAAUGGCGAAGUCAAGGAGUAUGUGGUGCCACAAAGGGGCAUUAGGCAGGGUGAUCCACUGUCACCCUACUUAUUCCUCCUAUGCUCGGAAGGUUUUUCCAAUCUCCUCCAAAAGGCAGCGUCUGAGAAAAGAAUUGAAGGCAUGGGAAUCAGCAGGAGGGGACCAAGACUAACCCAUUUAUUUUUUGCAGAUGACUCUUUGAUAUUUUGUAAAGCAGAUUCCCAGAAUGCAGCUGAGCUCAAAAGGUUACUGAACGUUUAUGAAAGAGGAACGGGCCAGUUGAUUAACCUGGAAAAAUCCUCAGUCAUCUUCAGCAACAAUAUGCAGCAGGAAACGAAGGAGGAAGUCAGCCAAGCUCUAGGAAAUCUCCAUGUUGUAAGCCAAGGCAAAUACUUGGGUCUUCCAAUGGUGGUCACAAGAUCUAAACAGCAGCUGUUUGGAUACAUUAAAUCCAGUAUUCAACAAAGACUAAAAAAGUGGAAAAAUAAACUUUUGAGUGCAGCAGGUAAGGAGAUUAUGCUCAAGUCUGUGGCAUUGGCUCUGCCAACAUACACAAUGUCUUGCUUCAAGUUACCUAAAAAGUUGUGCAAGGAGAUUAAUUCCACAAUGGCCAACUAUUGGUGGGGUGAGGAGAAUGGGAAGAACAAGAUUCACUGGAAAGCUUGGAACAAGAUAUCGAGGGACAAGAAGGCAGGUGGCUUAGGCUUCAAGGAUUUGGAGGCUUUCAAUCUAGCCUUAUUGGGAAAGCAGAUUUGGAGGUUGCUCACUCAACCAAAUUUGCUGGUCAGUAGAGUUCUAAAGUCCAGGUAUCACCCAAAGCAAUCAAUUUUCAAGUGUAAAGUUGCAGGGAAUGCUUCAUGGAUUUGGAAAGGACUGAUGCGAGCUAGGCAGCUGGUUGAAGAAGGAACUCGAAAAAGGAUUGGUAAUGGUCUGAGUACUAACAUUUGGGAGGACAACUGGAUUCCUAUGACACCAAAUGGAAGAGUGACAACACAGCAGCCACAAGGAGUUAAUUUGGUUAAGGUGGCAGACUUGAUCGUCCAGAAAAGAUGGAACAAGAACCUUCUCUUUAGGAAUUUCACCUCCACGGAUGUUGAAGGAAUACUAAGCAUCCCCAUAAGCUUAGUAGACAGAGAGGACAACAACUUUUGGAUUCAUAAUUCAAAUGGGCUUUAUUCAGUGCGAUCAGCCUACAGGGUACUAACUGAAGAGCCGAAGGCUUUCGAGCAGGAGCUCAGGGGGCCAGCUAGUACUAGCUGGAGUAUCCAAAGUCAGAAAAUUUGGAAGUACCUGUGGAAACUGAAUAUUAAGCAUAAAGUGAAGCUUUUCUUAUGGAAAUGUCUCAACCAAGCAUUACCUGUAAGACACCUCAUUCACAGUAGAACACAACAAGGUGAUCCUAUUUGUAGAGUAUGCGGAGAAGAAUGCGAAACAGUUGAACAUGCAUUACUCAACUGUAACCAUGUUAAACUGGUGUGGAGAAUGGCAACUAUCCAAUGGGAGGGAAUUACAAAUCUGCAAGGCUGUUUUGGUUCGUGGUGGACCGCGGUGAUGGAGGCGAGGUCCAGAAGUGAGGGAGAUGAACACAUUUCUCUCACGGCUAACAUUCUUUGGCAGAUUUGGAAGAGCAGAAAUGCGACGGAAUUUGAAGGUAAGCAGCAUCCCCCAAUACGAAUAGUGCAGAAAGCUCAUGAGGAAUGGUUGGAAUAUGGUGAAGCUAAUCUCACUGCUUUAAAGAGGAGUACAGAAGAAACAGGAGACCAGCCGCAACCCCCCCAGCAACAAGAACAAACAGCAGGCAUUCUGAGAUUAAGAUUUGCUAUCGAAAAGAGCAAAGACAGCCCCCAAAUGGGGAUUGGAGCAACUGUCUCUUUGGAUAACCAACAACUGAUGAGAGGAUGGGCUCUACGGGAAAGAUGUUCUGGCCAUAAGCUAAUUGAUGAACUUACUGCAAUUAAGCUACUGAUUUGUAAAGCUGCUGUACAGAGUUUGGAGCGGUUAGAAGUUCAGGUCCAGGAUAAGCAGACACUCCAUCUUAUCCAGCAGCCAAAAUCUUCGGAUAUGCGAGUGGUCACACUGCUGGAGGAUAUACAUAACCUUAAGUACCUGUUUCGUAUGUGUUCCUUUUGCCUAGUUAACAGGGAUAUUAACCAUAUUACUCAUAGGAUUAGCGCUCAUGCGCUAGAUUUUUUUGUUGACCAGGAAUUCUGGAUUCAUCAGUGA